CGCUGAAGAAUUAGACGACAGAGGGUUCGCCAUUCCCCGGGAAACGGAAUCGCCGUUAUACAGUCCCAAAUCAUUGCGCUCGCUCUCUCUCUUAGUUUUCAUUCUAAUCCGCAUUUCGAAAUUUGGAAACGACGGGUGACUGCUAUUCGAAGGCCUCUCCACUCCACAACCAGUGACUGCUGUAAGCCGUAAUAUCUAAGGUUUUGGAUAUUGAUAAUGACGGCCCCGGAUAUAGUUUCACGUCGCCGGAGUUACUACCAAAUGACUGAUUAUCACAAGAACUCAAGACUAGUGAGCAUGACUAAGAGGCGUAAAGAACUAUCUGUCCGUGAUCAUGGAAUUGAAAGGUCCAACAUCGAGAAGCAGGAUCUUGCUUCAAUGGCUGCUAAAGUAAAUUCGAAUGAUAGAGAUCAGCAGCUGGGUGGAACUGUCCUAAUUCGUAAACGCCUUAUGUUAGGACGACAACAAACUGCAAAAGUUAUACAACUUGGUUUGGUACCUCGCAUUGUCGAGUUCUUAAGUAGGGAGGAUUCUGCCGAGCUUCAGGUUGAAGCUGUUGGGUGUCUUUCUAUCAUUGCUUCAGGAAUAGUAUAUAAGUGGACAAAGGUUGUCCUAGAGAGCAGGGCUGUCCCAGUACUUGUAAAGCUUCUACUUUCUCCAAAAGAUAAAGUUCAGGAGCAGGCUGUUCAUGCAUUGGGAAAUAUAGCUGGAGACUGUGCUGAAAGCCGUGAUCAUGUUUCUGCCAACGGUGCGUUGACUCCUUUGCUUCGUUUGUUGCUUGAGAAGGAUGCUAAGGAUCCCAUUCUAAGAGCUGUAAGUUGGGCAUUGUCCAACUUAUGCGGGGGAUAUCCAUUUCCUCCAUUUGAACAGACAAAAGCAGCUCUUCCGGUAAUUGUGGAUCUCAUCAAGACCAAGGGGAAAGACAAAGAUGUCUUGACAGACUUAUGCUGGUCUCUGUUUUAUAUUUCCGAGGCUACUGCUGAGGGACAUAAAGCGGUGCUUGCUGCCAAUGUCUCUCAACGCCUUCUGGAGCUUCUGAGUCCUCGGCUCCCCGCUGAAGUCGCCAAUGCUGCACUUUGUUGUGUUUGUAAAAUCUACCUCACAAACGAUGCUACUUAUCAAACUGAGGAUUUUAUAAAUCUUGAUUUGCUUUCAAAACUGGCCAACUUGUUGCCAGUCAAGAAUAUGAAAGAGCAAGUGUGCCAUACAAUAACUACUAGCAUCAUCACUUCAAGAAACAAACAUGCUGUUAUUGAGGAUGUGAUCGAGGCUCAAUUACUUCAAAAGCUAAUCAAAGAAGUCAUUGAUGCACCGUUUCGGGUUAAAAGAGUCGCAGGGCAAGCUGUUGCAAAUGCCAUUUUGUGUUCUUCACCGGAACAAAUCAGGCGUUUUGUGGACAAGGACUGUUUAAAGGCAAUGGAUAUUAUUCUUGAACUCAGUGAUUUGGGUAGCGUUCAACUUGCUUUACAAGGGAUUAACAAGAUUUUGAAGGCAGGCCUAGAGGAGCAUGUUGAAGUUAGUUCCUCCUAUGCAGCAUCCUUUGCUGAAGCACCUGCCUUAGAAAAGAUUAGGUAUUUGAGUAGUCUACACGUGGGUGAAGUUAGUGAUACUGCUCAACAGAUUGUUGACAUGUAUAUGUGAGUUGUGUAUGACCUGUAUAUGUGAGCUGUGUAUGCCAAAUAUGCAUGCACCAUAGGACGUCUUAUACUUCAUUUAUCAGAUU